AUGUCUGGUAACAAGGAAUCUGCUGCCUGGCCUCUGGCCGACCCUGCCCUCUCGCAGGAGAUCCUCGACCUCCUCCAGUCGGCCACCCACUACCGCCAGGCCAAGAAGGGUGCCAACGAGGUCACCAAGGCCCUGAACCGCAACACCUGCGAGAUUGCCAUCCUCGCCGCGGACGCCAACCCGCUUGCCAUCCUGCUGCACAUUCCCCUGCUGUGCGAGGACAAGAACACGCCCUACGUGUUUGUGCCGAGCAAGGUCGCUCUGGGCCGCGCUUGCGGCGUCAGCCGCGCCGUGAUUGCUGCCAGCAUCAGCACCAACGAGGCCAGCGACCUGGCUGGCCCGAUCAAGGCCCUCAAGGACAAGGUCGAGCGUCUGGCCAUCUAA